AUGGUUGCCUCAAAGAAGUCGAAGAAGUCAUCGGACAACAUCAACUCGCGUCUUCAACUGGUCAUGCGAUCGGGUAAAGUUGCGCUGGGCUACAAGCAAACGCUAAAGAACCUGCGCAGUGGCAAGGCCAAGCUUGUGAUCAUUGCGUCGAAUACACCCCCACUUCGCAAGUCAGAGGUUGAAUACUACUCGAUGCUCGCGAAGACAGGCGUGCACCACUUUUCUGGAACUAACAAUGACCUCGGCACGGCUUGUGGUAAAUACUUUCGCGUGUCUUGUAUGUGCGUUCUAGAUGCCGGUGAUUCCGACAUUCUACGUGCAAUGCCGUCUGAAAACUAG